AUGGUAGACUUGCUGCUGGCACUGCUUGCUUGCAUGGGAUGCAAAGCUGACAUUGACAACUGUAGGGUCAGAAAUCCUUACCCUCCACUUCACAAGUAUCAUCAGCCAGGAGACCUCAUCAUUGGUGGCAUUACUUCUUACGGUGUCAUCGUCUGUAGUCCAACAGCCUUCACUGAAGAACCCCCUCCAGAAAGGAUGGAUGAACUUGUGGUAUUUCCUAAGCAUUACCAGCACAUCCUGGCUUUGGCAUUUGCAGUAAAAGAAAUCAAUGAAAACCCUCAAAUCUUACCCAAUGUCACCUUGGGCUUCCACAUCUACGAUAGCUAUGACAAUGCAAUGAAGACCUAUCACGCCACAAUGCUACUGUUGACUACACUGGAAAAUGUUGUGCCUAACUACAUAUGUGAUGUCCAGAAUACAUUAACAGCAGUCAUUGGAGGAUUGGAUUCUGAAAUAUCCCUAUAUGUAGCAAAUAUCUUGGAUACCUAUAAGACUCCACAGGUUUCUACCAGUUCUUUGACAGAAUCACCUGACGUCCCAGAUUUUGUGGAGCUCAUCUAUGGCUCUGCUCCCGUGAUGAACACUAAAACUCCAGGCCUUCCAUUCUACCAGUUGGCUCCUCAGGAAACCCUUCAGUAUGAGGGGAUUCUCUCUUUGCUACUCCAUUUCAGGUGGACAUGGAUAGGGAUUGGUGCUAUGGAUAAUGAUAAUGGAGAAAGAUUUCUACAAGUGGUCAUUCCACUGUUUUCUAAGAGGGGUGUCUGUUUUGCCUUCAUAGAAAGAAGUCCCAAAUUAAGUUUUGACACAAAAAUUAAUGACGAAUUUACACUGGGGGCAAAAAUACAUGAUAAAGUGAUGGGCAGCAAAGCCAACGUAGUGGUAGUCCAUGGAGAAUCUUAUUCCACAGCAAUUUUUCUUUUCCUUCCAUAUCUAUCAGAACAAGAGGUCAUGGCAAAGGAAGUAAGAGGGAAAGUAUGGAUAGUAACAGCUCAGAUGGAGUUCACUUCAGUUGUCCUGCAAAGGAAUUGUGAUACAGAAAUAUUCAAUGGUGCUAUAUCUUUCAGAAUCCACUCCAGUGACCUACCAGGGUUUCAGCAGUUUCUUGAGAGCAAAAACCCUUAUAGCUCUGAAGAAGAUGGUUUUAUCAAGGAUUUCUGGCAACAGGCCUUUGGUUGUGUAUUCCCAGAUAGUAUGGUUGGAAAAUUGAAUGGGGACAUUUGCACAGGGCAAGAGAAGUUGGAGAGCCUUCCUGGAUCAUUCUUUGAAAUGAGCACGAUUGGACAUAGCCACAUCAUCUACAAUGCUGUCUAUACUGUGGCCCAUGCCCUACAUCAUGCUUUGUCCUCUUCUAGACCCAAACAUGGUACAAUGAUGUAUGGAGUCACACCCAAACUUCAGAAUCUACAAUUUGGGCAGCUCCAACCAUUUCUGAAAUGUGUCUCAUUUAACAACAGUGCAGGGGACAAAGUUUCCUUCAACCAGAAUGGGGAGCUAGUUGCUGGAUUGGAUGUGAUCAACUGGAUUAUCUUCUCCAACCAUUCAUUUCAUAGGACUUCUUACCUGCAUGAGAGUAACAGUCAUUGUAAUUUAGCCCGGUUGAUUUCACAUUACUACAAUCAAGACCACAUUCUUUCUUUUCCAGACAUGAAUGACUGUCAUAAAUGCACUGAGGAAAACUAUCCAAAUGAAAAACAGGAUGCCUGUGUUCACAAGACUGUAACUUUCUUGUCUUAUGAAGAACCAUUAGGAUUUAGUUUAGCCUCUUUUGCAGUCUCAUUUUCAUUGACUACAGCUCUGGUGCUGGGAACAUUUAUGAAGCACCACAACACUCCCAUUGUCAAAGCCCACAACCGGGACCUCACCUACACUCUCCUCAUCUCCCUCCUUCUCUCCUUUCUUUGUACAUUGCUGUUUAUUGGCCGUCCUCAGAAGGUGACCUGUCUCCUCCGACAAACGACUUUUGGCCUCAUCUUCUCAGUGGCUGUUUCUUGUGUGCUGGCAAAAACCAUCACAGUGGUUCUGGCUUUCAUGGCCACCAAACCAGGGUCCAGGAUGAGGAAGUGGGUGGGGAAAAGACUGGCCAUCUCCAUUGUUCUUUUCUGCUCCCUCAUCCAAGCAAGCAUCUCUACUUUAUGGCUGGCAACCUCUCCACCUUUCCCAGAUUUGGACAUGCACUCAGUGGCCAAAGAAAUUGUACUACAGUGUAACGAACAGUCCGUGACUCUGUUUUGUUGUGUUCUGGGCUACAUGGGCUUCCUGGCAAUGUUGAGUUUCACUGUGGCUUUCCUUGCAAGGAAGCUCCCUGACAGUUUCAAUGAAGCCAAGUUUAUCACUUUCAGCAUGUUGGUCUUUUGCAGUGUGUGGUUAUCCUUUGUUCCAUCCUAUCUGACCUCUAAGGGAAAAUAUAUGGUAGCCGUGGAGAUCUUCUCUAUCUUAGCCUCAAGUGCUGGGUUGUUGGUUUGUAUCUUUUCCCCUAAAUGUUACAUUAUAGUGUUGAAACCUCAGCUGAACACAAGGGAACAGCUAAUAAGGAGAAAAGAUGGGAGAACUGUUUAA